AUUUAGUGGUUAAUCGGGUUCUUAUUAGGGGGUUGCAUUUACUGACUUUAGCUUCUAGUCAUUAGAAUCUUUAUCCUAACAGUAAUCAACCUGUAAUGCAAAGGUAAGCUUUUUGACGUUGAACGGUUACUAUACCUUCAAAAAGGGUCAAUAGGUCUCAGAGAGUUUACUUGUUAAGGAGGAGAAAAUCAUGUUGGAGAAAUUCCUGGUACCUUUUUGUCUUCCCUGUUAGUUUCAAGUGAUCGUUGGGUGGGUUAUGUUUGUGCAUACACAGUUAGCAUCCAUGGGAGAGUUUCGGGUUGGUUAGCAGAGCUUAAAACUACCAUAAGUGAUGGGUUGGAUCACCUCAAAAUUCUUCUAGAGACCAUUGGAGAUAAGUUCGAGCAAUAGAACCUCAAGGUUCGCAAAGAAAAAGCCAUCUAUCACACUUUGAACAUGCUUAGUCUUGAUGUGACCAAGAAGUGCCUUGUGGGUGAGGGCUGGAGUCCCCUGUUUGCAGCACCGGAAAUUCAAGAGGCGUUGCAACGAGCUGCAGUUGACUCCAAUUCUCAAGUUGGAUCGAUUUUCCAGGUUCUGAGGACCAAAGAGAUGCCUCAGACAUUUUUCCGCACAAACAAAUUUACCACUGCGUUUCAGGAAAUUGUUGAUGCAUACAGUGUAGCUAAAUAUCAGGAAGCCAAUCCUACUGUAUUCACAAUUGUUACCUUCCCCUUCCUGUUUGCUGUUAUGUUUGGUGACUGGGGUCAUGGAAUCUGACUGCUGCUUGCAACUAUGUAUCUAAUAUUGAGAGAAAAGAAACUUUCGAGCCAGAAAGAGGAGGAGGAAGAAGAAUCCACGGAUACACAUAUUUUCCCCGCCGCGAAACCUAAGACGGCAGAGAUCAAUUGUUGAUCAAGAAGAAGAUUUUGAAGUUGGGAGAUGAUGGACCGAGCGAAUCACGGAUCGAGCACGCGUAAAAGGGGUCGUCCUCUCGGAGAUGAAGGCCAGGCUCAGCACCCACCUGUUGUUACUACCACUGAUGAGAAUCUGAUUGGUCAGGUUUUUUCCGGUGUGGUUGAAGGUUCUUUCGAGGCAGGAUACUUUCUCAACGUUAAGGUCCUUGACACUGAGAAGCAACUCAAAGGCAUCGUUUUCUUACCAAAUAAAGUCGCUCCUGUUACUCCAGCUACUGAUCUGUUUCCCCAAGCUAAGAUGUAUGUUAGAGAACAUAUCACAACUCCACCAGAGGUUAAGACAAAUCAAUCUGAUAAAAACCAAUCUGCUAUGCUGCCUGAUAAUCAUCCAGUGAGUCUUGGUUCCGAGGCUAUUAAUGAGAGGAAUCAUCCUGUGGAUGCAGAGAUGAAAGAUGUUGGUCUCACUGAAACUAAAGGCCAAACCCUCUCUCUGAUGCCGCAGUUUGCUAGUGAUGAUGUACCCAAAGAGGAUCACACUGUCCUCAGAUCUGAAGCUUGUGAAUCAAGCAAGACAGCAGUUACAGCCACUUCUUCUUUACCUGAAGAUUCUACCACUUUCGUUGAUUUCUUUCCAGCACCUGGAACAAAUCGAAAACAGGCCACGGGAUCCAGCUCGUCUUUCAGCCUUGAACUCUUUCAGAGUGAGACUAAUCAACUGGGAACUGAGGAUGAGAAAUCUCCUGCAGGUGUUGAGCCUCGUGGAGUGGAGGUCAAAUCAGCCUCUCCCGUUGAUGAUGAUGUGCCAGAGGAGCUUCAGCUAGAGCUUGGCAACAAGAAAAUGAAUGCUUCAGCUCUUGCAGCAACUGAAGCAAAUCCUGAGCAGCCUGCUUCAUCCAAGAGUGGUUUCUUGGUGGAUUUGUUUGAAACUAGAGAAGAGACAGUGAAAGAACCAGAACAAUCUAAUGCAGCUUCAGAGAGUGGCUUCUUGGAGGCAGCAACACAAGUAGAUGAUGAUAAUGAUUCUUGAGAAGUGGGAUUGCAACAUCAAAGAAACAGAAGCGCUUUUGUUUUCCUUCUAUUGGUUAUAAACUUAGGGUAGUUAGCGAACUUAUCAGGCUCUUUCUUCUGUCUCUCACUUUAUGGCAUACUGUUUUUGCUCAUUUGCCAUCAAACACACUCUUUGCUAAGACUUUUUCCUUAGUUCUUUUUUUUUCACGUUUUGUGAAACUUUGGUGGUUUCUUUCAACUUGGUGUUUUCGGUUUCCUCAAAAUGACAACUUGUCGCAACUUUA